UACACAUAAAAGGUUAACAGCAGAGAGGAAGAGUAAAAGUGCAAUGAAGGAUAAAGAAGUUAAAACAAGAAUGAAGAGAGGGUUUUGGAAACCUGAGGAGGACUUGAUAUUGAAGAAUUGUGUGGAGACUCAUGGAGAGGGAAACUGGGCUACCAUUUCUGAGAAGUCGGGAUUAUUGAGGAGUGGUAAGAGCUGCAGACUAAGGUGGAAAAAUUACCUGAGGCCAAACAUCAAGCGAGGAAUGAUGUCAGAAGAUGAAAAAGACCUCAUCAUAAGACUCCAUAAGCUUCUUGGCAACCGAUGGUCGCUAAUUGCUGGUAGGCUACCUGGAAGAACAGACAAUGAAGUUAAGAACUUCUGGAACACACAUUUGAACAACAAGAGAUCCUGUAAAGGCAAAAAGAAGCAUGUGAAGUCCAAGGAGGCAAAUACUCACAGCCCACAAGGCAAAACGCAACAGUGCCCUGCUGAGACAGUAAGAAACCAAGAAGUGGCCACCAAAACAGUUUUAGAUUCAUGGAUAGAAGAAAUGCAGGACUUUAACUGCAGCUUACUAUCACCUGUGAUGAAUAACAUGCCAUUUCUCGAAGACGAACCUUUUAUUCCCAUAUUGGACGACAUAGUCUUGCUUGAAGCAUUCACAAGCACUGGUAAAGAAGCAUGGAGUGAGAUUCAGACAUUCCUUUAGAAAUUUGUGGUAGUAUUACUCUGCUGCAUCCUUCAUAUAAGAGGACAAUUUCCACUAGUGCCAGAACAAGUUAACAACUCCCAUGCUAGAGGUUUCGGUUCUGAGCUUGUGCUUCAUCUGCUUGGAAAUGUGCAUGAGCUUAUUUGCUAAAUCAAUUUAUUCAUGUAUCAAGAGGUCAGAAAUGACAGAUCUCCCUUUUUCUAAAUAUCGGCUUCCUCUACUACUGCCAACUCCAACUAAGGAAUAGUAAUGAACUUCAUAUCAGAUAUUCGGCCUGUUACAAAAGCUA